AUGGGGGCUCCACUGCCCUGGCUGCAGGAGGAGUUCGGCACCUGGAUCUGCGGCGUCUGCGGCGUCCGAUCCAACGACGAAAAGCUGCUCCAGACCCACCUCGAGACCUCGCCCGAAUGCCACGCCUUCUGCGCGCUCUGCGAGCAGAGCUACGAUUCCCUCGCCGAGCUCAAGGAGCACGACGGCUGCGCAAGGAGAGGCAUCCGCCUUCCUUGCGACUUUUGCGGCGAGGUCUUCACGGACCGCGACUUUGAGGCACACUGCGUCUCGAAGCACGCCGCCUGCAACGCUUGCAUGACUUACUGCCCCGACACUGCCGAGCUCCGCCGGCACAUCGCCAAGGCGCACGCCCAGCUCUACUGCAAGAAAUGCGAUCGCCUCUACUCCAGCGCCGAGGCGCUGGCGGAGCACGAGUAUGUCCGACAUCAGGUAUCUGGACCGCCCUCGGAAAAGCGCGUUCAGGAUAUGCAGGCGGCCACUUGGCCUUCUUCGCAGUCGGGCGCCCGCGACGAGCGCCAGCUCCAGCAGGGCAGCAACGGCAGCAGCUCGCCUCGGGGGCCUCGAAAAAGGAAUCGCAACCACCAACGAAGCCCAUCCUCGGGGCCCUUCGAGGGUUCGGGCGGAGCGCUUACCGCUUCGCCAAGCCCGGGCCCCAAUGCUCAACCCCCACGCGGAUCGGGGCAACAGGCUCGCUACCAAGACAACGGCAGCCUGGCCCAGCAUCGCGACACCAGCACCGAUUUCGCCGAGAGGGCGGCGCGGGUGCGGUCGCUCAAGGACAGCGAGGACAACCUGGUCUGCCCGAUGAAGAACUGCACGCACAAGACCACCUUCGUGAGGAAGAUGAUGCAGCACCUUCAAAGUACCGCCUGCGCCGGCCGCCUCAGCUCGGCCGAGCUCUUCACGUUUGCCGUGGUGGCCAACUGUGAGGGCGUGCUGCCGGACCUGUCCUUGUCCUUCCAGGACAACGUGCGAGCGCUGCAAAAGUCGUUGGCGCUCCAGUGCGACAGCGUCGGCGGAUCGCCCCUUCCUCGGUGGAAGCCGAUCAUCAUCAAGUUUCCCAACCAGGCGCGGCCUUUCCGCUGCCGCUCGUGCAAGAAGGACUACCCGUCGCCCGAGGCCCUGCUGCAGCACAAGGGCGACACGCCCCUCUGCAACGACCGUCGGACGAUCACCGAGUGGGAGUACUUUGUGCUCGAGCAGGUUCGCUCGGCCAGGGCGCUGCUGCGGGGCGGAAGCGACCGCGGCUGGCUGCGCUGGGCCGAGUGA